AUGCCGAAACGUGCAGCAACGCCACCUCCUGCGGACGAUACUCAAUACUUUACGGUCGUCAAUCCGUACCCCCAACUGCCUCAGUUGGGCACUGAGGACAGCAAGACGGUCGCGCGAUGGAUCGCAUGCAUCAUCGGACAGGAAAACCUGUACGCUUUCUAUCACAAGCCCAAUUCUCCGAACGUGGUCAUCAUCGAGGUGCCGAAGGAUGGCUUCCUUGAUUUACGCCUUCUUCUCGGCGAGCAUCGUUGGAGUGAAUUCCUCAAGGCCCCGAGUGAGAAGAGCGCGAGCGAAGUCUCGAAGAUCUUCCCGUGCAAGAUGACUACACAACGGUCCAUUGAGAAAGUGAUGUGGCUUAGGAGAGAUAUCCAAUCCUCUUGGUUCCGCAACUGGAACCCCGAGAGGGAUAGCAACGUCGUCUAUCCAUACCCCCUGCCACGCUUCUGCACGCCGCCUCUGGACAAGGACAUCUCGCGCAACCCCUUGUGUCGUCCUCUCCCCGCCAGCCUGUUCCACAAUGACGCCAGCAGCACGAACAGACCUAUCCUUGCCCCCUUCGCACGGCCCGCCGCAAUUACUACCGCCGCGACGUCUGCAUAUCCCAACCGCAGCACUCCGGUUUUCACUCCGCUAUCUGAGCCAUUCGACGACUCUGAAUCCCAGUCAGAAGAUUGGGUGCCCAUGCCUGCUAUUCUCACGCCACCGGGCCUUGCCCCUCGCUUUGUCCCGGCGAUCCACGGGGCCGACAUCCCAAAGGGCGAUUGCGUCGUCGAGGGCUCAAGUGCCGUCCCCUCCGAAGAUGUAGAGACACUCUGGGCAGGCUAUGGUGAGACGGACGCGCCGCUAGACCCAGAGCUGUGCGAGGUACACGGCGUGAUGUGCUCUAGGGGGGUCUGUCGUGCUCGUGCGCGGCGCAAGCGUCAAGAGGAGAUGGAGAAGCGGAUGAAGCGAAUGCAGGAAGAGAAGGAGGCGCGGAACAAGCGCCGAGAGCGGGAGCGCGGACGCGACAAAGACCGCGAGAGGCGCUCAGCGCACUCGGGCUCGGAUGUCGCGAGCGACAGCGCAAGCGCGAGCGACGCCUCGUCCGAGGCGUCCAGUCGUGCUGGGUCUGCAAGUCCCGAGAGGGAUACCGCGGUCGAGCGGCUGCGCGAUGACAUUCCACUCACGACGGUCAAGGGCAAGUUCAUCCGUGCCUCGUCGUCCCCUGGUGCACGCGGCCCUGCGACGAAUCCAGAGCCGAGGGCUCUUCCGCCCCACCUACGCAAGGGCGCGAGCAAGCUCGUCGGGGCCGUAUCAUCUGCGCCUCCGUUGGUAUCUACGCCCACCGCCUCCACGCACAUCCCAUCUGCAGUAUCCCCUAUACCCUCUGGAACCAUCGACACCGACGUGCGCUCUGUGUCUCCUGCAAAACCUAGCAAGAGCCUUGACGUUGAACAGCUGAACAUAUCAGGGUUAGAGCUAUCGCCGGACAGGCUAGCGAAGAAGCCGUCUGCCAAGGUUCCGAUACGGAGCCAUAUCGGAGCGUCCAACGACUCUACGAUGACGGCGGCAGUAUUUCAGGGCUCGUCAAAGCAAGCCCAGCCUGUGCAGAGCGCGCGAGCACGGUGGGCGGAUAUGGUUGAUGAGGACGAGCUUGGCACUCAAAGCGAGGAUGAGAAUGCGGACGAGGAUGAGGAGGACGUCGGGUUGCCACGUGGGGUCACUGUCAUCCCCGUCAUGAGGGUGCGGGAGGAGGAUACAGAGUCGGUCACCAGUGCAUGGUCCGACGCGGAGCCGUUCUGA